UGAAAAAGCAUUUGACCGGGUCUCGCACCAGUAUCUGUUUGAGGUACUGCAAAAAAAUGGGUUUUCCAGGGAGGUUUAUAGCCUGGGUGGGACUGCUGUACAAUGGCUUAGUCAGCAAAAUCUUGGUAAAUGGGCAUUUAUCAAAAGCGGUAAAUAUACGCAGUGGUGUCCGUCAGGGGUGCCCUUUAUCUCCCCUCCUGUAUGUGGCAUGCAUUGAGCCACUGGCACAGAUCUUGAGAAGGGAUAAAUGGAUUAAAGGACUGGACGUUCCUGGGACUGGUGGACUGACAGCGACCUGCGUUUUGUAUAUGGACGACGUGACCAUUUUAGCCACUGACAUUACAUCUUUACGAAGAGCAAUGGACUUGACUGACUGGUACGGUCGGGCCUCGGGCGCUAAACUUAACAGGAGUAAGUCCGAGGCCCUGCUCUUCGGGCCGUGGGGAAACAUAGACACAGGACAAUUGGAUGUGGAUUUUAAAACGACUGACUUAAAAAUUUUAGGAGUAAAAUUUGACAAAGAGGGUGGUGGCCGGGGAAACUGGACUGACCUGUUAGGGAAAGUUAGGAAAAGACUGGGGUUUUGGGGACUGAGACAAUUGACGAUCGAGGGUAAAAUUUUAAUUUUUAAAUCUGUGAUUUUACCUUUGAUUUUGCUUGUCUGUUCUGUUUUUAGUCCCCCCAGGAGUUUCCUGGUAGAGCUGGAAAGGGCGGUGUUUUAUUUCGUGUGGGGGUCCAAAUGGGAAAGACUUAAAAGGGAGGUCUUCAAGAAAAGACCUGAGAAUGGAGGAAAAGGCCUUCCAGAUCCCCACCUGUUUUUAGGAAGCCGCUUCACCGCCCUUCACAUUGGAUAUGCACUGACCCCAUCCAGAGAGAACAAGACAGCUGCCAUGACCCGUUUCUGGAUGGGGUCUUACUUAAGAGCUCUAAAGAUUUUACCAGUUGAUUUAAGAACUCCAGUUUCUUUUAACUUGUCCAAAGAACAUUGUUUUAUUAAGACGUUUUUAAAGAAGUAUGUUUUAGAGAAAGAAGAAGUCACCAUUUUAACUAAUCACAAGAAUAUUGUCUCUUUUGUGCAGGAACGGGAACCAGUGAGUCCAAUCCCAGGCCUCACAUUAAGUGAGGCCCAACAAGUUUGGAGGAACGCUGCCCACCCCGCUCUUCAGAACAGACUUAAAGAUUUGGCAUGGUUGGUCGCCCAUGAGAUCCUCCCAGUCAGGGCGGUAAUGCACUCCCGGGGUAUGGCCAGGAACCCAGUCUGCCCACAGACUGGGUGCAACCUUCCGGAGACCGUACGACAUCUGCUCUGGGAGUGCGGUAAUGCGAGGGACAUGUGGGCCAGAACCGGCCCUCUGUAUUGCCCGUGCCUGCCAGCAGGUGGGGUCCAGAUGGAUUACAAGCUCGCAGUCCUCGGGGUGGGUCGGGGCUUGAGGGAUUUGUCUGCCCAACAAUUCGCCUCACUCUGGCUCACCCUAAACGCCAUUAAGGACACCAUCUGGACCACCAGGAACCUGCUGGUGGGGAAACGUGUUACGGUGCCCCUCCACGCACGCGAGCAGAGGGUGAAAUCUAUGCUGCAGGGGCACCGGACAUAA